UGUUAUUAUUGCAGGUUAAUACUUGCCAAGGAUCCUGAGUCGGAACACGGUUUGAUUCUCAUGGGUCAAGCUCUAUUGCAGAAAGGACUGCUUGCGGAGGCCAUUAAAUACCUGGAGCGUGCCAUUUCUAAGCUCUUGGUUGAUGGGUUUCCUACAGAAGUGGAGACCCUUGGUCAUUUAAUUAUUGCAUCUCAAUGGGCGGGUGCUGCCUAUAGUCAGCAGGGAAAAAUUGAAGAAGGAUUGGUACACUUGGAGAGAGUAGGAAAAUUGAAAGAACCAGAUGAUCCAAAGGUCAAAGGCCAUUAUUUCGACACAUUGCUAUUGCUUUCAAGUGCUUUAUACAAUGUAGGUCGCAGGGAAGAAGCUUCAGAGUAUCUCCGGUUACUAGUUGCUCAUAAUCCUGCUUACAGUAAAUACUUGGAGCAAUGUGAAAAUGACGAUGAUUCUUUUGUCAGCGACCUUGCCAACAGUAGGCGGCGAGAUUAUUAAUGAUGCGCUAAACAACUCAAAAUUCUUCUUCUUCUUCUUGUUUUUUUUUUCCCCCUUCUUAAAUUCCAUUUUUACCAGGCAUAAUAAGCUUGAUAUUGUGUACCAGAAAACAAAACGAUAGAGAAAAAUGAAGGGUUGCUAUGUGCUUGUUUAAAUUAGCAACUCAAAACAAUAAAAUAUGAGAAAUUGGUUUUUGCAGUUA